GAUUCCUUCGGGUAAAACAAGCCCCGUUUUAGCACCACCAAAUGCCCAAGCUAAACCCUUGUUGAAUCAGCUGAGUGUAUUCUUGGUUACCGCCCGUAGUGUCAGUGAGUGUCAGGAAGUCAGUAGGCUCCCGAAAAUAGUAUACAAAAAAAUCAACUAAAACUAUCCAUUCCUGCCCUGAAUAAAUCACUGGUACUGAACUCGUGCAUCUUCCCAGAAGCGAUGAAUAUUGCGGUUCCAUCACGUUUUGCCUGCCUGAAGAUCGAAGACGACGAUUUUCGGCCUGCCAGCCACAGUUCAAAGCAAAAAUCCGCCAAUAAAUCCAACAAAAAGGCCAAUGAUGCUGCCAAAAACUCCGCUGUAAAUGGGUCGAAGAAGAAACAGAGCAACAAUGCCGAUGUUGGUAAACCCAAGUCUUCAUCCAAAAAGCCAAAAAAGCCCAAGGAGGAACAUGAGAAGAACUGGGAGGAAUGGCAGAAGAAGGACGACAAAUUCGUCAAUGACGUGUUUGAGGAAGAGAUGCAGAAUGCUAUGCUUCAAUCUAAACUAGAAUUCGAGCAGCAGAAGAGUAUCGUAGUUGUACAAAUCGACCGAGAACAAAACAAGAAGAAGAAAAGGAAAACCACGAUGAGCCUGGACCAGUUCCUCGACAAGAACAAGGAACCAAACAAUAAAGAAGAAGCUGCGGCACCUAAACAACCGGAAAAAGACUUUUUCGUCGAAAUGUUGGAACAAAAUCAAAAAGUUAUCACGAAAGAACGUGUGGAGCAAGACCGAAAGCAGCGAGAGAAAGUGUUUAACGAAGUGGUCAGCUUGGCUCACUGUCAGGAGCAACUGGAGGCGGAAAGAGCGAAGAACCAAGUUUUGGAAAAGGAGCUGAAAGAAGCCCGAAACGAGAUAGCUUUGGUGAAAUUGCGAAACACCAGCCUGUGCAGCAUGCUGGGCCAAGGCGAAAUGAAGGACAAGGCCCAAGUGUUGGCAGAGCUGCGCAAACUGACUAUGGUGAAAGAGGAAUUGACUGAAGAAGUGGCCCAUUUGCACGCUCUGCUGGAACAAGAGCGUUCCAACAAGAACCCGCAAUCAUACAGCGGACAAACGGAAAACAACACAAAACACGGAAAAGAAAAGAUUAAAAAGAAGAAACACUAAUUAUAGUCUAGAUCAGUUUUGUUUGGUGAUUUUUUGAAUCAUUUUCUUUCAAUGUCCUACAGGGACUUUUCAAAACUGUUUCGUUGUUUCCAGAACAAGAAGUAAAAGGGUUCUUUCCCACAGGCUAUAGGGGUAAAGUUGUUUCUUUCAUCCGUCUACUUAAUAUUUAGAUCGUAAGUUUUGUAAGUUGCAUUUUUAUAACAGGCUGUUUUAGGUUGAGAUUAUACACAACGUUUCUUCUUA